AUGCGGAGGCUCUGCAGGCAUGGGCUUGUGCUGAGCCUGGUGGUGGCGGUGGCGGUGAUGGUGGCGGCACGGCUGAUGGGCUGGUGGGGUGCCCACGCUGGCUUUCACCUUCUCAUACCCGAGGAGCUGGCCCACUACCACGGUGGCCCCAGAGACCUGGGCCUUUACUUGGCGUUGCUCGGCAUCUAUGAUGUGUCCUCUGGCCGCAGGCACUACUAGCCCAGGGCCCACUAUAGUGGCUUCACAGGCCGAGAUGCAUCCAGAGCAUUUGUGACCGGAGACUACUCCGAAGCAGGCCUUGUAGAGGAUGUAACUGAUCUGUCCUUCUCUGAGAUGCUGACACUUCGAAACUGGCUUUCUUUCUUUGAGAACAAUUAUAUAUUUGUUGGAAGGGUGAUCGGAAGGUUCUAUGGAGAGGAUGGGCUGCCCACCCCAGAACUGACCCAGGUAGAAGCCGUGAUGACCAAAGGCUUGAAGGCAAAUAAACUGGAACAGAAAGAGAAGCAGAAGUUCCCUCAGUGCAAUACUGAGUGGCGUGCCAACAAGGGCAGCUGGUUCUGGUGUUCCCCAAAGAGUGGAGGCAUAAACAGAGACUAGACUGGUGUCCCCAGGAAGUGCUAUAAGCCAGGGACCAAGAAGCCGUGCUGUGUGUGUGUGGGAACAACUGGUUCCCCCAGUGACCAGCCGGACAGCCCUACACACAGAAAUCGUGGGGAUUUGGAUGACCCCAACUUGGAAGAAUACACAGGUUGCCCACCCCUGGCCAUUAUGUGCUCCUUCCCACUCUAAAUUGGUAUCCUGAUGUGUUGAUGAAACAGAAAACCCUGCCUAGGACUCCAGUAGCCCUUGCCAGUCAUGUACCCUAGGAUGGCUCCUGGCACGAAACAAGAGUCCAGCAGGACCCACCUACGCUUUGUGAAUGUGCCUCGUAAGGGGCUCACCAUGUGGUGGCUAAGGCAAGAGCCUGGAAGACUGCCUGGCACUGCCAACCUCUUCUGAUACAUCCCCCAGGUGUGCCUGCCAUCUUCCUUCAGGUACUACGGCACGAACACGGAAACCAUCUCUGAGCUCCAACAGCCUUCUCCCCAGGACUCCCAUGGUACCUGGAUGAGCUGCCAGUGUGGGCUCUGCCCAUAACCAGCCUCAUGGACAUCCAGAACAGUGACAGAAAGGGACUGUGGCUGUCAGCAGGUAAGUAGAGAUGUCCCAAGAAGCUGGGGUGGGACUUUUUACUCUGAGUAGGUACUUUACCACUUGAACCGUAAUCGCAAGUCCUUUUUGCUUCAGGUUAUUUUUCAGAUAUCCUACCUAUG